CCGAGAUGGAGAAAGAGAGAGUAGGAAAAUGGAUUGGAUAUGGGCGAUUUUAGCAGCGACACUACUCGUUUAUCUCUUAAUCACUCGAAACAACACCAAAAGACUUCCCCCAGGCCCGAGAGGCCUUCCCAUCUUGGGCCAUUUCCACCUUCUUGGCCCCAACCCUCACGUCAAUCUAUGCCAUUUAGCCCGAAAACACGGCCCCGUCAUGGGCCUCCGCUUCGGCCUCGUGCCGGCCGUGGUCGUGUCAUCCCCGGCCGCAGCCGAGCUGGCCCUCAAGACCCACGAUCUCGUCUUCGCCAGCCGCCCUCUCAACGACGCCUCGCGCCUCAUGAGCUACGAGCAGCGCAACUUGGUCUUCGGCCCCUACGGCCCCUACUGGCGCGACAUGCGCAAGCUCUGCACAUUGCACCUUCUCAGCGCCGCCAAAAUCAUCCAAUUCGAGCCCGUCCGAAAGGCCGAGGUCGGCCUCCUUGUAUCCACCCUCAAGGAGGCCGCUGGCGCUGAGGCCGUUGACCUCAGCGCCAGAAUCUCCAAUGUCAGCGGCGACAUGAACUGCUUGAUGAUCCUCGGGAGGAAGUAUUCCGACAGGGAGGUGCAGGAUUUACUGAUAGCAGGAAUGGACACUUCUGCAACUGCG